AUGGACCCGCAUAUAUUUGCUGUAGCAGAGGAAGCGGAUGAAAAGAACCAGUCGAUAAUCGUGAGUGGCGAGUCUGGAGCCGGUAAAACGGUUUCCGCAAAGUACGCCAUGCGCUUCUUCGCCACAGUGGGAGGUUCAGCAAAUGACACCAGCAUUGAAGAGAAAGUACUGGCCUCCAGCCCCAUCAUGGAGGCCAUUGGAAAUGCAAAAACCACCCGCAAUGACAACAGCAGCCGCUUCGGGAAAUACAUCCAGAUCGGCUUCGAUAGGAGAUAUCACAUCAUUGGCAACAUGCGAACAUAUCUGCUUGAGAAGUCCAGAGUGGUAUUUCAGGCUGAGGACGAGAGGAACUAUCACAUCUUCUACCAGCUCUGUGCUUCAUCCUCUCUGUCAGAGUUUAAAGAUCUUUCCUUGACCAGCGCAGAAGACUUUACCUUCACGUCUCUUGGUGAGAACAUUUUUAUUGACGGAGUGAAUGACGCUGAGGACCUUGUGAAGACAAGACAGGCUCUUUCAAUGCUUGGUGUGAAAGAGAUCCAUCAAAUGAGCAUCUUUAAGAUAAUUGCCUCCAUCUUGCACCUGGGGAAUGUGGAGAUUGUGUCGGAGAGAGAUGGAGAAUCCUGCCAUAUCAAUAGGGACGACACUUAUUUGCGUCAUUUCUGUCGGCUGCUGGGUAUAGAGCAGGAGCAGAUGGAGCACUGGCUGUGCCGCCGGAAGCUGGUGACCACUUCCGAGACCUACGUGAAGAACAUGUCGCAUGCCCAGGCGGUCAAUGCCCGAGACGCCCUGGCCAAACACAUUUACGCCCAUCUCUUUGACUGGAUCGUAGAACACAUCAAUAAAGCCUUGCACACCUCCACCAAACAGCACUCCUUCAUCGGUGUGCUGGAUAUCUACGGAUUCGAAACGUUCGAGAUAAACAGCUUUGAGCAGUUCUGUAUUAACUACGCCAAUGAGAAACUACAGCAACAGUUCAACUCGCAUGUGUUUAAACUGGAGCAAGAAGAGUAUAUGAAGGAGCAGAUCCCCUGGACGCUUAUAGAUUUCUAUGAUAACCAGCCGUGCAUCGACCUCAUUGAAGCCAAGCUUGGUAUUCUGGAUCUUCUUGAUGAAGAGUGUAAGGUGCCUAAAGGAACGGAUCAAAACUGGGCGCAGAAGCUGUACAGCAAGCAUUCAAACAGUGGGCAUUUCGAAAAGCCCAGGAUGUCCAACAAGUCGUUCAUUGUGGUACACUUUGCAGAUAAGGUUGAAUACCAGUCUGAUGGUUUCCUGGAGAAGAACAGAGACACUGUUUAUGAGGAGCAGAUAAACAUCCUCAAGGCCAGUCAGUUCCAGCUGGUUGCAGAUCUCUUCCAGGAUGGUAAAGACUCUGGUCCUCCCUCAGCCACCAGCAAGAGCUCCAAGAUCAACGUCCGGGCUGCCAAACCAGCUCCAAAAGGCCACAACCGUGAGCACAGAAAAAGUGUGGGCACCCAGUUCAGGAACUCUCUACAUCUUCUGAUGGAAACGCUGAAUGCUACCACCCCUCAUUAUGUGCGCUGCAUUAAACCCAAUGAUAAUAAGGAAUCCUUUGUGUUCGAUUCUAGAAGAGCUGUUCAGCAACUGCGAGCAUGUGGAGUCCUCGAGACUAUCCGCAUCAGUGCCGCCGGGUAUCCCUCCAGGUGGACCUAUCCAGAUUUCUUCAGCAGAUAUCGAGUGCUCAUGACAAAGAAGAACAUGACCAUUGCAGAUAAGAAGCAAGUUUGUAAGAACCUGCUGGAGACCUUAAUCAAGGAUCCAGAUAAGUUCCAGUUUGGAAAGACAAAGAUUUUCUUCAGGGCAGGUCAGGUGGCCUAUCUGGAGAAGCUCCGAGCUGAUAAGUUCCGCUUCGCCUGCAUCAAGAUCCAGAAGACCGUGCGAGGAUGGCUACAGAGAAUUCGCUACCGCAAGAUCCGCAAGUCUGCUAUCCUUCUGCAGAGAUAUGGCCGGGGUUACUUGGCUCGCAGAUAUGCAGAGAUGCUUCGUCUGACCCGAGCUACACUUAUUUGUCAGAAGCAGUACCGGAUGAAACGAGUUCGACAGGAGUAUCUGAGGACCCGUCGGGCUGUGAUAACCAUUCAAGCAUUCGCCAGGGGCAUGUUCGUACGCAGGUUAUAUCAGGAGUUCUUGCUCCAUCACAAAGCCAUGAUCAUACAGAAAACGGUCCGUGGUUGGCUCGUGAGAAAGAAAUAUCUCCAUGCCCGAAAUGCUGCCAUUGUCAUCCAGUGUUUCUACCGCCGCGUCCGUGCCAAGCGCCAGCUCAAACAGCUCAAGAUAGAGGCCCGUUCGGCCGAACACUUUAAAAACCUCAAUGUCGGAAUGGAGAACAAGAUCGUGCAGCUCCAGAAGAAGAUGGAUAACAAGUCAAAAGAGUAUAAAACUCAGAACGAGCAGCUGAUCGUUACUAACACUGCUCUGGGAUCAGAGGUCACCAAGCUCCAGAAAGAACUGGAGACUCUUCGCACUCGGCAGACUGCUGGCACUCAGGUGACAUCACUGCAGGAAGAGCUUGAGAAGUUGAGGGUGGAGCUUCAGGAAGCCCACGCCCAGAAGAAGCAGAUAGAGGAGGAGUUUAGCAACGAGAAACAAGGACUCGAACAGAGGGUGGAGGAGCUGGAGAAAGAGAACACGCUCUUGAAGAAGGAGAAAGAAGAGAUGAACCGCAGACUCCAGAACCCCUCUCAGGGUCAGGGCGGCGAUGUGCCUCAGAAAGAGAUCCGUCUGCAGGUUGAACUGGAUGAGGAGAGGCAACGAUAUCAGAACCUGGUGAAAGAAUAUUCCAGACUGGAGCAGAGAUACGAAAAUCUGCAGGAAGACUUGUCUUCCAUGAAGUUCCAUCCUGGCCACCGAAGGCACCCCUCUAACCAGAGCAGUAUGGGCUCGGACUCCAACUACACCUCCAUCAGUAUGUCAGAGGUGGGAGACACUGAUGACACCAUCCAGCUGGUGGAGGAGAUGGGCAUCGAGAAGGCUGCCAUGGACCUCAGCGUUUUCAUGAAGUUACAGAAGCGUGUACGAGAGCUGGAGCAGGAAAGAAAGAGGCUGCAGACCAAUCUAGAGAAAGUAGAGGAACUGAGCAAACGCAAGGGAAAUGAGCCCAAGAGCUCCACGUCAGAGGAGGAUAUAAAUGCAGACCAGGCCUACAACAGUCUGAAGCGGCAAGAGCUCGAGACUGAGAAUAAGAAGUUGAAGAAUGACCUGAAUGAGUUGAGGAAAGCGGUGGCCGACCGGGCCUCUGAGAACAACUCGUCCAAUGAACUACAAGAGGGCUACAACCUGCUGCUGAAUCAGCUCAAAGCGGCCAAUGAGGAGCUGGAUGUGCGCAAGGAGGAGGUCCUCAUUCUCAAGACCCAAAUCGUGAACACCACGAGGCAGUCGGAGAACUUAAACCACAUUGAUUCCAGUGAUGUAUCAGAAUGGACCAACAACAAGAAGCCUGUGGACGAAGUAGACAAUGUUGCUGCAAACGAUUUAAAAAAUAAAGCACAAGACUGGGGUUAUUUGAAUGAAGAUGGAGAACUUGGCCUUGCCUUCCAGGGUCUAAAGCAAGUUGCCAGGCUGCUGGAGUCCCAGCUGCAGACGAAGUCUCGACAGCACAAGGAUGAGUUAGAGGCUCUCCACACGCAAAUCGAACUGCUGAAGGACAGUCUGGAAAAGAAGCAGGAGAUGCUGGACCACUUUUCUACGCUUUCUCCUGAAGCUCUGGUGGAGUUCAGCGUGCAGCAGGAGAUCACGCGCCUCACCAAUGAAAACCUAGAUCUAAAGGAACUUGUAGAGAAGUUGGAGAAGAACGAGAAGAAGCUGAAGAAGCAGUUGAGGAUCUAUAUGAAAAAAGUGCAAGAGCUGGAAGUGUCUCAGGCCACUAGGAGCAGACCAGAGCUGACUCGUCAGGUCACCGUACAGAGGAAAGAGAAGGACUUUGAAGGCAUGCUGGAGUACUACAAAGAAGAUGAGGCGUUGUUGGUCAAGUCAUUAGUUACAGACAUGAAGCCCAAUGUGGUGUCCGCCACCGUCCCCUGCCUCCCUGCAUACAUCCUCUUCAUGUGUAUCCGUCAUGCCGACUACAUCAACGACGACCAAAAAGUUCAUUCACUCCUUACCGCAACCAUCAAUGCCAUCAAAAAGGUCCUGAAGAAAAACAACGAUGAUUUUGAGAUGACCUCCUUCUGGCUGGCAAAUACCAGUCGACUUCUGCAUUGUCUGAAGCAGUACAGCGGGGACGAGGCGUUUAUGACGCAGAACACUGCCAAGCAGAACGAGCACUGCCUGAAGAACUUUGACCUGGCCGAAUAUCGGCAGGUUCUGAGCGACCUCUCCAUCCACAUCUAUCAGCAGCUCGUCAGAAUAGCAGAAGGCAUCAUGCAACCCAUGAUUGUUUCUGCUAUGCUUGAGAGCGAGAGCAUCCCGAGCCUGGCCGGAGUGAAGCCCAUGGGCUACAGGAACCGCUCCUCUAGUUUGGACUGUGAGAGUGGAGGUCCAGCGGGAUACACGCUACAGGCCCUGGUCAGGCAGCUGGGACAGUUUACCAACAUCAUGGCGGACCACGGCUUGGACCCUGAGAUCAGCCAGCAGGUGGUCCGCCAGCUCUUCUACUCCAUCAACGCAGUGACCCUCAACAACCUGCUGCUGCGCAAAGAUGUCUGUUCCUGGAGUACCGGCAUGCAGCUCAGGUACAACAUCAGUCAGUUGGAGGAAUGGCUGAGAGGAAAUAAUCUGCACCAGAGUGGAGCCGUAGCCACCAUGGAACCUGUCAUCCAGGCCGCGCAGCUGCUGCAGGUGAAGAAGAAGACCUCCCAAGAUGCUGAGGCCAUUUGCUCGCUCUGUACCGCGCUCAGCUUGCAGCAGAUUGUGAAGAUCCUCAACUUGUACACACCACUCAAUGAGUUUGAGGAACGAGUGACUGUGUCUUUCAUCAGAGACAUACAGAAUCGCCUCCAGGACCGUGCAGAAAACAACCAACUGCUGGUCGACACGAAGUACACCUUCCCUGUGGUCUUCACUUACACUCCAUCAGUGCUCAGUCUGGAAACCGUACACAUCCCUGCCUCCCUCAGCCUGGACUUCCUCACACGGGAGAACUGUUGAAAUUGGCUGCCAAAAUUAAUUCUCACGACCUCUAGCAAAAAUAAGCAGGAGAUCUCUGCAUUGCAGUGGCUUUUGCCAGUGACCUGUCUGGAUUGGUCUUUUUAAGCUUUUUUUUCUCCCCACGUGUUGAAGAAACAGAUGCAGAGACUUGGGUCCCUGAAUGACAGGGCCAGCAAAUGUGUCCGAUCGUGAAAGUGACCAUGACCAGUUGAAGGAUGUGGAGUGGAGAGGACGAAUAUGAUCAGAGGAGUUUGAUCUGGAUAUUUAAUAUUCUGUCAAAAUAAGUAAUCCUGCAAUUGUUGGUGGAAUCUAGAAUGUGCUGGAAGGCAUGUGCAAGUACUGUAAAAUGAAGAAAUGUAUCUUAACAGACGUCAUAUAGACUUAAGACGAGUUUUAUGGUGUACAGAAAAGACAUUCUGAAAACUAUCAGGUUACUAUUUAAUGAAAGCAAUUAUCACAAUUUACUUUAUACUUUUUGCACAGCUCUGUUAAAGAUAAAGUGCAAUCAAAUAACAAUAACUACGCACUGUUUACUUAAUUUUAUUCAAUCUCCACAAUUUUCCCCUCAUUUUGUAUGUUGCCGACAGAAUGGGCUGCUCUGCAAGAAUAGUGCAUCAUGUCAAUUCAGGAUACUGUAUUUUGUUUCAAAGAGGUAAUUCAUUUAGUUUUAGGUUUCAAAAUGUAUACUAAGCUGUCAAAUUCUCAUGUAUUGCACUUUCUGGAUUGAAAUAGUUCUUUCAGUGCCAAUAAAGUAAAAACUGUCAA